ACCGCCCCCUCCCCCAUGUGAUGAACCUUACAGGAAGUGGUGCCACCGGUCCCCCAUGUAGGCCCGGUCCGCUAAAACUGACUACAUCACAACAACAUUUCCUCUCUCCAACCGACAUUCUCACUUCUGCAUCACUCAAACCUGACAACAUGGCCGCUCAACGCUUCGACUUUUGCACAGGAAUUCUGUGCUUCUUCGUGACGGUUUUGGUCCACGUUGCAACAAGUUUUAACAUCGACACACGGACGCCGAUAAUUCGCCGGGGCCCCUACGGGAGUUACUUUGGCUUCAGCGUGGAUUUGCACCGGGAAGGGGACAAAACUUGGAUGCUAGUGGGGGCACCGAGGGCACAGACACGGCAGCCCGGUACGGACCGGCCCGGGGCCGUCUACAUGUGUAACAUUGACUACAGCAAAUGUGUGCAGAUACCGUUCGAUACAACCGGAUCAGACCGACUAGACGGCAGCCUUACUCUGUAUAAAGAAGACAAGUCCUUCCAAUGGUUCGGCGCAUCCCUCAAGAGCUCAGGACCAAACGGGCCGGUGGUGGUAAGUCUUAGACUAUCAUAA